ACAAGGAAAUCUCCGCAGCUGCUGGGGAAAGUUGUAUUUGUAAGAGAAAUGGAGUCCCGUGCAGUGGCAGGUUGAAGGGGUUCGCUGGCUCGCUGCCUGGAAGGGCGGAGGGGUGCAGUGGGGCCGUACAAGGGGCUCGGACACACUUCCACCUCCUCAGCCCGGCGGGGAGCGACGCCCGACACCCGGCGGCGUGAGGAGAGGGCCCGAGCAGGCCCGCGUCGCCAUGGCGACACCGCGGCGCUGCGGCCAUGGCGGAGAAGGAGGAGAAGGGCGAGGAUGGCCUAGUUGCUGAAAUUGAGAAAAAGAUUACAGAAGCUUUUGAGGUGUUUGACCGCGAAGCCAAUAAAACUGUGGAUGUCAGGGAGAUUGGUUGCAUUGUCAGGUCACUGGGUUGCUUCCCAAAUGAGGCAGAAGUACAGGAACUGCUUGCAAAGAUAGAAGUAGAAGAACCGGGUGGAUUCGUUCAUCUGGAAAAAUUUCUUCCGGUGAUGACAGAAGUUCUACUUGACAGAAGAUUCCGACCUAUUCCAGAAGAUGUUAUUCUACAUGCAUUUGAGGCUUUGGAUGAGAAUAAAUGUGGAUAUAUUACCCAAGAGGACCUGGUAAAACAUUUGACUGAAGAAGGUGAGCCCUUUACUCGGGAGGAAAUGGAGGACAUGCUCGCUGUUGCUCUAGAUCCAGAAACAAAUACUCUUCGUUACAGAGAUUACCGUACAAAGCUGGUAGUAGAUGAAACUAAGACCUUCCCUUUUAAUGUCUGAGAUGCCUUUUGGUAACAGCACUGUGACUUGACAGAUAGUUGAAAUAUGUAUUUUAAAGUAUAACAAAGCUCAGCUUGUGACUCUGUGCUUAUAACUAAAAUGAAAUCUGUGAAGUUAUGUUUCCUUGGGUUCUGUGUGUGUGUAUAUAUAUAUACAUAUACAUAUAAAAAUAUAUUCAUACCUGGAAAAAGAGCUCUUGACAGAAAUGCUGUGUAAGGUCCGGAAAAGAAAUCAUGGAAUUUUGUUGGGAAAUAGCAGGAAAAAUAAUUUUAAUGAAGUAAAGAAAUAACUUUAUGACUGCUCUUGAAAAACUAAGAGAAAAUGAGACCUGUGAAAACAUAUAAUAGUAAGAUGAAGCUUUUGUAUUUAAUUGUAGUCAGUCGUUGUUUGUGUUUAACUAAUAAGGAACCAGGUAGGUUGCACCUUUUGAAAUAAUAUAAUAGAUCAAAAAAACUUUCUAUAAUUUCUAGUGUUUUUCAAGUAUUUGUGUUUUGUUUACCAUAGGCAAUUGAACUGGACCAAUUAGUUCCUGUUUAUAUUACUAAUCAACUGACAUGGUAUUUUGCUUUCAUUUUAAAUGUGCAGAGAACACUCCAACCAUUUCCAUAGUCAACUUAAUCCUUGAGAACAUUUUGGUUACUAUAGGCAAAGAACCGUUCCCCCUUUUGUAACCAGUUUGAAAGUCAGUAAUUUCAACUCUUCAAAACUUAGGAUCACAGGAUGAGAAUCUGAUUUUUGUAAACUGAUGAAGCACCAUUUUUUGAAACAUAUUAGCAUAGAAUGGGUAGCUUUUCCUGCUGGCAGACCACCACAGACCUCACAGCUCUUCUUAUCUGAUAAUUUUCUGUUACUGUACUGCUGUUCUUUAAUUUGAGUUCAAGUUCUUCCCCCUUGAGUUUUUGCCAUAGACAAUCUUCUAACACGUGACCAGCAGCUGAUGAGGUCUCAGCUUGUAGGAGAUUCUGUGUUUUGCUUCUCAAGAAUAGCAUCUUGUACUCCACCCCAUUUCUGUUUUAUUACUCUCUAUCAAGUUUGCUUUCCUUCUGUACUAUGUUCCACCUCUCCUUUAUUCCAUCUGCAUAUUCCAGCUCUGUGUCAUCCACAGCCUUCAUCAGCUGAUGAAAUCUGGGGAAGACUGACACAGAGAGGCACUGAGUGCAUUACUCCCUGUCAUGCCUUUCUAGUGGCUGUGCUGAGAACAGAGCCUAGGACCCCUCCUCAUAACACGUCUUUUGUCCUACCCAUUUGUUUCCUUUGGGCUGGAAGCUCAGACAAACUGUUUUCAUGCACAGCUAAAAGUGACCUGCUGUGCUUCACAAAGAAGAGAUUAGCAUGAUCUAAAUGGGGUGAUGGAAGCAGUCUGAAAGAGACCAUUUUUUGAUUCACUUUUUACUUCUCUAACCCAAGUUGUCUUUUACUGAUACUUGCUUAAACAGUAAGACAAUGAAGAAUUAAUGCAGGUAGACAACAUUUGCACAGUUCUAAGCUGCAUCUGGGAAACACUGUUGUACUGCUCCUAAGACUCAGCAAUGCACUCUGGUUAACGCAUUUACUGUGUGUUCCAAUUUCAUUGCCAGUAAGAAGGAAAAACAAAGGCUAUCAUUAGUAUUACACUGGGAGAAGAUACAAGGUUUUAAAGAUUAAAGCAAGAACAACAAAAGCCUAUUAAGAAAAUACAUUUUUAUUAGCCUUCUUCGGUCUCUCUUUCAAAGCUGAAAUUAUUUUCUCUAGAUGAAUCUUCCAAUUGAUGUGGAAGUGUGUUAUGCUGGAUUUCUGAUGCAGGUGGUGUGAGUAAAAGUUUCAUUCAUAUGCAGAUGUGGAGUCCUUGUCAGUGUCAUUUUGGAUAUCAGCAGGAAGAUGCUUAUUUCAGGAUAUCAUUUCAUAGCUCCCAGUGCUCCAGAGAGAGCAGAAUUUGUUUCUAGUGGUGUUUCCCCAGAGGCCGCCUCAGCUGUUGCUGUGUCAAAUCAGUAUGUCCACAUACAACACUGUUACCAUUCAUAGUGCAGAUAGGAUAUUAACAUGCAUUCUUUUAUAAUAGAUGUAAUUUUUUAUUUUGCAGUCCUCAAAUGCAAGGAAAGAGGAUAUUCUGGCAAUUAAAAAGUGGGAUUGCAAUUGUGUCUGAAUUUAUUGUACAGCAGUUCUUCCAGUUCCAUCUUCUUAUACCCAUCCCCAAGAAAGAUAGAUGCAAACAGGACAGACAAAAGCAAGUUGCAGUCUUCUCUUUGGGCAUAAGUAAACAAAUUUUAUUGCCCAGAGAGUUUCUAAACUGGGGGUGAAAGAAUUGUCAAGAACUAACCUCAGACUCUGUAGGAUCCUUAAACCUGAGUGCACUCUGCCAGCUAGGAUCAAAUAGAGUGAUCUGACAGGCUCGUGAAGCAGCUGCCCCAUGGGGCACCCCAGAGGAGGUUGAGCAGUGGCCACACAAGGCUGUUCCCUUGCCUUUCAUGACUUGCCAGCCCAUGGCCACCCAUUUCCCCAUGCUGGUGGUAGGCUGCAUGAGGGACUGAGUGCUCUGCUCCUCUCUGCUCCCUGGGGACGAGCAGGGACCCAUACCCUAGGGAAAGGGAGAGGAGACUUAGGGUACCAUUUUGGUGAAACUAAACCCCCACUUUGUUUCUAAAUUUGAAGGGAAAAUAUGUUGCUUUGUCCUCUUCUUUAAGGUGGACAAAUUGAACUGCUGAGUGGUCUUGAGCUAUCUCUUACUAUAUGCCUCUCCCCACUGGCUGUUUUGCCUCUUCCCUCAAGAUCAGGAACCAAGGUAAGGGACUGGAACAAAAGGAGAAAUCUCCAGGGAGGAACCAGUGUAGCACCUGGAUUUCACACAGGGACAUAGAGCCAAGGCAUUGAAGAAACUGGGCAAGUCAGAGGGUUUUUUGACCUAACUGAAGGAGGGAGAGGGAAGGGAACUCAUUAUCCAGAUGUAAAAAAGAAAACAAAAUUAAAAGAGGAAGAAAUCAAAGAAGCAAACACUGGAAACCAUCUACAUGUACAACUUAAUCAGCAGGCUGUUUACAUCACUGCUGUGAGUUGUAGGCUGGACAAGACUUUACUUGUUUAAAAUUUUAAGUAGGUUCAGCUGUGUCAGGGCAUAUCUGGUGUAUAGUGGAGACCUCAGUCUUACUGAUACUGUGGAGGAAUUCUUCUAGCUGCUGAGCUUCUGCUUGGGAGUACAGUUGCUCAUACUCCAGGUAAUACAUUGCUUUUUGUCUUUCCUCCAUCAGCUUUGAAGUUGCUUCUCCAAAACACUCUUCUGUCUGUUAGUGAUAGUCCCAUAUAUAUUCACACCUGAAGAGUUCAGUGUUUUCCCACUGCAAUGCAUACCAGCUUGGUAUUUACUGCUGCCUGAGACUCUCCACUGGCUGUGGGCAAAAAGAGAAGUUGCAGGACUUCCUCCACCAAAAUGCUAAUAGGCCAGAUCAGAGCUGGGACUCCAGGGAAAGAACUGGGCUGUUCAUCUGUGCACCUCCACCCAUGAUAUCACAUGGGUAAGAGCCUGUAAAAUGUUCAGGCUCUUAGCUCUGUUCAGCAAAUAAGAAUUUUUUAUUCUUAUUUCUUAUUUUAUUUAUUACCUUUUUCUCUUGUUUCAGUUGGUCUUUUCUCUUGAUUCUCUCAUGUGUAAUUUCGUUAAUACAGUUGUGUGAUAUCUUAUGAGGAUUGAAAGUGCAAGAGAGUUUUGCUCUGCCCCACACCACUGAUGCACUGCUGCACUCUCUGACAACUGCCCGUAUCAAGGUGGGAUUUAUCACCAGUUCCAGACUUGUUACCACUGAAAUCAGCAUGGGAAAAGCCUUCAUCACAGGCAGCAGGAAGAGCCUGGGCCUUCAGUUUCAUGGAGGAAAGUGGCUGGGUAUGCUGGUGUUCAGCUAAGUCUGGGAUGGCACAGGAAGUUAGGAUGUUUUAGGUCCAGUAAUACACUGUUAUAAUUGUGUGAAAGGGGGAGAGUAGUCUUGAAAAUGACAGGAGGCUGGCAGACAGGUUUAAUUUUGGACUUCGUGAGAGAUAUUGGAAGGUCACACAGUCUCUUGCUACCUGACCUUUCCAUGUAUAAAGUCAGAGGAAUUAUAAAGAAUAGGAGACAGGGAGUAUCAGUCUUGCCUACUUGUAUUGCUGACUUUUUGUAUCACUAAUUCUGAUGUUUGCAGUGUUUUGUACUAUGAUGGUCUGAUAACAUAAUUAAUGUAACAUAAAUAAUAAAAUUCUCAGCCUUCAAGUCUUUUGA